AUGCCACUGUGCAACCAGAGAACGUUGCUAACUAACUAGUCAUCCUUCUAGAAUCGUUUGGAACAAACUCGAAGUUUGUAUUCUGCUAAGUCAUUGUUGUCAUCCCUGCCUACACUACAGCACAGGAACUAUAAAACUGUAUGCGUCGCUGUUCUCGGACUAUUUGUGAAGGAAUUGGGUGCUAGUAAUAGUAGCUCUCGAAUAGGUAAUUAACGCAGAAAAAUUACCUCAGUUGUUUACUAAUCUUGUCUCCGCUGACGCUUGUAUCAUACUCAAAGUCAAAGUCAAAGUGAGACAGCGACGGGAUGGAGUUUCCGCAUCUUGGACAACAAUGUUCAGUAACUACAUGCAAGCAGCUUGAUUUCCUGCCAAUGACUUGCGAUGCAUGUAAGACGGUGUUUUGCAAAGAUCACUUUGUUUAUGCCCGUCACAACUGUGAGUCUGCCUACAAAAAGGACGUUCAAGUCCCUGUGUGUCCCCUGUGCAAUAUACCAGUCCCUGUUAAAAGAGGAGAAGCACCAGACAUUGGGGUUGGUGAACACAUUGACCGUGAUUGCCAGUCAGAUCCAGCCAAAGAAAAACGCAAGGUUUACACCAAUAAGUGCUCUGUCAGAGGGUGCAAGCAGAAAGAGUUAGUGCCAGUCAGAUGUGAGAAAUGUCGGCAUAACUUUUGCCUGCGCCACAGACACGAGACCGAUCAUGAGUGCAAAGGAUUCCAGGACAGCGAUAGAGCACUACCAAAACCUGGAGUCGCUGCUUGGCUGCGAAGCCUGAGUCAGUCCGAGAAGGUACCAGCAAAGAAGGCUUCCCAUGGACAUGCUGCACAGCAGUCCCAGCAAGCAUCGACGUCUGCUUCCGAAUAUGGAGCACGUUCACGCCAGUCUGGAUCUGCCUCCCAGGGUAGGAGCGUCGCACAGACAAUACAAGGAGGGAUGUCUGAAGAUGAAGCCCUAGCCAGGGCAAUGCAGCUGUCGCUGGCAGAAACUUCUGCACCCACAACAUCCACAAGUCCAACAAAUAACAGUCAAGAGAUGGUGGCUCAAGAGCAGGAGGAUCAUGCAUUGGCAAGAGCCUUGGCAGCCAGUGAACAGGAAUAUACACAGCAACAACGCCAACAGGAAAAGAAGGACAAAUGUAUAAUGGCAUGACCAGGGUGGCAUGCAUUACUUGGAUACAGAUAAAUUUAUAUAUAUAUAUAAUGUUCUUUAAUCAUGACCGAGUAAUUAUAAAAAACGUGUAUUCACCUGAAACAGCAUCAAGAUUUCACUGUUUCAGUUCUCAAAGUGUGUAACUACUUGUUCAGUAUUGUCUUUAUUUUAUAUAUAAUUUGUUGUUGUAAAUACUAUGUGUUGUAAGGUAUAAAUUUUUAAGUAUUUUCCAAAUACCAAGGGUGUGCGUUAAAUUACCACAAAGUUGCCUUUUAGCAUAGCUGUUAUAUAUAAAUUGUUUGAAUAAUGAUUGAUAAUUUCACAUGCAUGUCUUGUAGGAAGAUAAAUAAUAUCAGGAGUAGAUAAUAGAAGAUUCUUCUAGAUAAUAUAAGAUUCUAGUAGAUAAUAGAAGAAUAAUCUUCUAUUAUCUACUCUUGAUAAUAUGCAUAGCAAGGUAAUUUUUCAUGGUACGUUUACAGUGUGACAAAUAAGGUGAUAGAUUGUGAGUUUAUUAAAUGUCAAUUAACAUUAAUUUAUAUUCCAUA